AUGAACAAAGCUGUGGACAACCUUAAGACGAUGAACAAAGCUGUGCACAACCCUUUAGAUGAUCACGUCCAACUACUGGAAGACAAGGAUGAAGCUGUGUACGAUCAGUCAAAAAUUAUACAAGAAUUUAUUCCGCGGUGUGAUCCUUCAAAGAGACCAUUUCUAAAUCAGACUUUCGACGAUUUGGAUUCUGUCUACGAGUUUUACAAAGAAUACGGACGAGUUUGUGGUUUUGAUAUUAGAAAAUCAGCUGAAAAAAACGACAGAGCAGGGAAUACAAUCAGUAAAUAUUAUGUUUGCUCCAGAUCAGGUUCUAGUGAAAAGGAUUCACGAAAAUCUGAAGAUGGAGUUGUGACUCACAAACAUCGAACAAGAAAAACCGUAUCUAUUAAGUGUUUAUGUCCUGCAUUGAUACGUGUCAACAUAGCGGGCAAUGGUAGUUGCAUUCUUAAGAGAUUCAUUGAAGAACACAACCAUUCAUUUGCUGAUAGGGAUGGUGCUCAGUUUCUCCGUUGCAAUCGGAAUCUUACAUAUUUUCACAAGAGUUUUAUUUUCGAUGCAGCAAAACUGAAUAUAGGAGCCACUCGUGCACAUGGAAUUGUUUCAGCGAUGACAGGCUCUCAUGAAAAUGUUGGUGCAACCACAGUGGAUUUUAAAAAUUUUUCGAGGGAUGUUAAAAAAAAAAUAGGGAUACAUGAUGCUGAUAUGAUUAUACAGAAGUUUCGUGAUAUCCAAUGCAGUUCUGAUCCUACAUUCAAAUUUGAAUAUGAAACUGAUUCUUCAAACCAUCUAACGCGUUUAUUCUGGGCUGACGGAAUAAACAGAAAAAGCUAUGAAGUUUUUGGAGAUGUUGUAUCCUUUGAUGCAACAUACAGGACAAACAAGUAUGGUAUGGUUUUUGUACCUUUGAUUGGAAUAGAUAACCAUUGGAAAAGCACUACAUUUGCUGGUGCUUUGCUUGAGAGCGAAUCUGCAGAAAGCUUCAAGUGGCUAUGUAAUACUAUGAAAAGCAUUUUUGGACGAGAACCGAAAUGUAUCAUCACAGACCAAUGCCCAGCAAUGAAAGUUGCUUUGGAGACUGUAUUUCCACCAGUAAAACACAGGCUUUGUAUGUGGCAUAUUAUGAAGAAGUUCCCAUCAAAGCUAGGGUCAUUGUUUUGCGCAGAGCCUGCGUUCAUGGACAGAUUAAAUAAGUUUGUUUGGUCUGACCAUACAUCACCGUUAGAUUUUGAGGAAGGUUGGAACGAAGUCAUAUCAGAUUUUAAUCUUUCCGGUAAUAAAUGGCUUACCGAAUUAUACGAUAUACGUCAUUCAUGGAUACCUGCAUACUUCAAUGACGAACCAAUGUUGGGUUUAUUAAGAACAACUUCAAGAUCAGAGAGUUCAAAUUUCUACUUUAACCACUUCUGCUAUUUCAAGCAGCUUGCACAUUAUGACAACAUAGUUCCUAGAACCUUGUCAAACAAGGAAAUCGAGAAAGAUGCUGCACAACAUUACACAAGGGUAAUGUUCUACAAGAUACAAGAGGAGAUCAUGGGAUGCAGUGGAGAUAUCUCUAUUAUGGAUUUGAAAAUGGUUGAUUCAGUCAAAACAGUUGUCAUAAAAGAUCCUCAAAAUAAAUCAAAUUUAUUUGAGGUAUCUCUAAAUCUUGAAACACACGAUUUAGAGUGUUCUUGUAAGCUUUUCACACGCGUUGGAUACCUAUGUAGCCAUGCAUUUUUCUGUUUAGGUAUUAGUGGAAUCCACAUAAUACCAAGGCAGUAUGUUAUGAAUAGGUGGCUAAAGAAAGCAGUGGAGAGAUUUUCAACAUUAGAGCUUGGAGAAAUUUCAGACCCAUUAUCUGGAGAAGAGUCUCGUAGAAAGAAGCUGCAAGAGUGUUGGUUUAUUUUCCAAAGUUGCGUUAGUGAGGCAUCCUCUGACCAAGGUCAAAUUAAUUCCCUUUACGAUAGUUUGAAGGUGAUAUCAGAACAAAUGAAGAUAUCCAAGAAAAGCGCAGGGUAUCGUUUAACCGCAGACAUGGUUGAAAAUUUAAUCGGUUCAAAGAUUGUGGAAGAUGUAACGGUAUUACCUCCCAACCAGAGUAAUAAUAAGGGUUGUAGAAAGAGAAUGGUAAACCCCGCUGAAAAAUCACUUGGAGGGAAAAAAAGAACAAUGAGACAAUGUCAGUUCUGUAAUACUCAAGCUUAUCAUGAUUCUAGGAACUGUCCGGAGAAAAAAAAGAAGGAACAUCUGGAACAGUAG